AAAAAAGGAAAAAUACUAGUCUGUACGAGAAUGGCCUCUGCUGAAGUGCCUAGAGUGAAGCUCGGGAGCCAAGGACUUGAGGUCUCGAAAUUGGGGUAUGGGUGUAUGGGGCUAACUGGGAUAUACAACAAUCCGAUUCCAGAGGAGGAAGGGAUAGCAAUUAUGAGGGAAAAUUUCAGUAAAGGUGUGACCUUUUUCGACACUGCCGACAUUUAUGGCGCAGACCAUGCUAAUGAGCUCCUGGUUGGGAAGGCAUUGAAGUUUUUAGCUAGAGAAAAAGUACAACUUGCUACGAAGUUUGGUAUAUAUAAAGUUGAGCCUACAAGUGUUGUGGUUAAAGGAACACCAGAAUAUGUUCGAUCUUGUUGUGAGGCUAGCCUGAAACGCCUUCAAACCGACUACAUCGAUCUCUAUUAUGUACAUCGUAUUGACACGAGUGUGCCUAUAGAGGAAACUAUGGGAGAACUAAAGAAAUUAGUUGAAGAAGGUAAAAUAAAAUAUGUCGGCCUAUCCGAAGCUCACCCAGACACAGUUAGGAGGGCACAUGCUAUUCAUCCCAUCACUGCUCUCCAACAAGAGUACUCCUUAUGGACCCGUGACAUCGAGGACGAUAUCAUACCUCUUUGCAGGGAACUGGGAAUUGGGAUUGUUUCAUACUGCCCUGUUGGUCGUGGACUGUUUGGUGGAAAGGCAGUUGUGGAGAGCUUGCCUGCUAACAGCGCCAUGGAAAAACAUCCCAGGUUUACUGCACAGAAUUUAGAAAAGAACAAAGGAAUAUAUUUUCGUUUAGAAGAACUAGCUAAGAAACAUGGAUGCACACCUGCUCAACUUGCUCUUGCAUGGAUUCUUCAUAAGGGUGAUGACUUGGUGCCCAUUCCUGGGACAAGUAAGAUGAAAAACCUGCACGAUAACAUUGGUUCUGUGAAGGUGAAGCUAACUGAAGACGAAGUGAAAGAGAUAUCAAAUGCAGUUCCCAUCACUGAAGUGGCAGGCCUAAGAAUUGGAGAGGUCCUUUAUAAGACAACAUAUGCGUAUGCUAUCACUCCGCCAUUGAAGCACUAGACUAGCUUCUCAGAAAUUAUGAAUGAGACCAAUGAGUAAUUAUCUAUUUUCUUCCAUGGGGGCCAUUAUUAUUCUACUGUUGAGGAUAUGGGUAUCCAAGGUUCUAUUUGCUUCUUCCUUUUGUGCAUGCAGCAUGAAUAAUCAAUUAAUAACCAUUAAUGUGUGCUUCAGCUUGUAUUAUCAUUUUCCUUAUUUUUAUAAUCAAGUAUAUGGGAAAACACGUAACAUC